UCUACACCAGUCUUAUAUUCUUGAUCCUGAAUGACAAUGGCUACACAAAUUUCCCAAGAUACCGAGAGAUAUCAGAACGGGGUUUCGAAACGCCUGGGGUCGCUCGAGAUGAAUACGUCUGCCAUUGGAAUAAGGGAACCGACAGCAAAUGGCAGUAGUAUAGCUACAGGCAAAUGCAAAAUUCCUGGCUCCCUGGGAUCGCUUCGUGAAGAUGCUACCACCAAGCAAGAAGUCCGAAUCGCAUCAAAAUCCCUGUGCCAGGAACCAGCAGAGGCAGAGGCGAGAAUUGUGGCUGCCAUGAAAACAAUCCUGGAAUGCCUUGGAGAGGAUCCUAGUCGGGAUGGUCUCCUCAAAACCCCUCAACGUUACGCCAAGGCAAUGACCUUCUUUACCAAAGGCUACGAGACAAAAUUGGCAGAUGUCGUAAACGAGGCAAUCUUUGAGGUCGACCAUAACGAACUGGUCCUCGUCAAGGGUAUUGAAAUAUCUAGUUUGUGCGAACAUCAUCUGGUACCCUUUACGGGUAGCAUUCAUAUUGGGUAUAUUCCCAAUGGUCGUGUGAUUGGUCUUUCCAAGCUUGCUCGCAUCGCAGAGAUCUACGCUCGCCGAUUACAGGUGCAAGAACGACUCACCCAACAGGUAGCCCACGCUAUUGAGGAAGCUCUGAAUCCUGAGGGUGUCGCAGUCGUGGUAGAAUGUACUCAUAUGUGUAUGACGAUGAGGGGAGUGCAGAAAUCGGGGGCAGUGACUGUCACCCAAUGCAAGACAGGGGUUUUCAAAACGGACAAUCAAUUAGAGGAGAGAUUCCAUUCCUUGCUGCGUAUGGGCAGCAGGUGACCCCCUGGAGCAUUAGCACGCCAUUCAACAUGGCGCUCGCAAUUACUAUC